AUGUGUAGGAGAGACUUAGCAAGCAAUGUUACGGUUACUACAACUCGAGGAUGCAAGGACCUCAGUCUGAGCCCGCCACGAACUUUCUGUCGUCUAUCUCGGCCUGAUGUGCGGUCAGCUCUGUUCUGCACUGUUCCCGGACACAGCCAGAGAGAAUGGCAACGCCCCCGGAGGGAGAGCUUUGAGCAGCUGCGAAGAUAUACGAGACACAUGGUGGCUCAGCACCCAUGGCGUCAUCCCCAAUACAGCAUUAUCGCCGUCGGCAGAUAUGUCGAGUUCCUUACCAUUGGGACGCAGGGCAACAGUGCGGACGAUAGUGAUGACGAAACUCUGGAUGACAGCAUGUUAGCAAUUAAGCAGCUGGCGUCGUUGCAGGAGGCCGCGGAGACUAUUAAUGCUGAGGAUAUGCCAACAUAUCAGAAGUAUACGUGA